AUACAUCAUACUUGUAUAUAUUCAAUAUAGAAUAGCUUUUGAAGUAAAGGGUAUUCUUUGAUUAAACGUAGCUAGAAUCUGUUCCCUUCUUCUUCUUCUUCUUCUUAUGGCUUACAAGUUUUAGUCUCCAGAACAAGUGGAAAAAAUAAUUCCAUUUAGUUUUAGGAAUCUUUUGUGUGAUGGAGUUGGGUGAUUGUUGUUUAACUUCGAGUUCAACAAAGGGAGAGAAGCGAAAGCUGCGUAGGCAACAGCAGCAAGAGAAACCAUUCAGAGGGAUAAGGAUGAGGAAGUGGGGGAAGUGGGUUGCUGAAAUCAGAGAACCCAACAAGAGGUCUAGGAUUUGGCUCGGUUCUUAUACCUCCCCUAUAGCCGCUGCUCGUGCUUACGACACCGCCGUUUUCUACUUGCGUGGCCCUUCCGCUAGGCUCAACUUCCCUGACCUCGUUUUACAAGAAGACGACCUCCGGGAUAUCUCCGCCGCUUCCAUACGCAAGAAAGCAACCGAGGUGGGGGCUAAAGUCGACGCUUUGGAAACUUCGCUUCAUCAUGCUUCUGCUUCAUCUUCGGAAUCAUCCAUCCUUUCUCGAGUUUUCCGGAAACCUGAUUUGAACAAGUACCCCGAAACUUCUGAUGAGGAUUGAACAUUAUAAUAUUUACCAUAACCACUAAGCCUACAACUGUUUAUAGUCGCCACUUGUUUUUCUUUCACUUUUGUCUUUUGAUUCUCUCAUGAAAUAGAAAGUGCCCGAGGAAUAGAAUCAAUAAGGAAAAUGGAUUGAUUCUCUGUUUGAUAAGGUUAUGAAUGUUUUGCUUUGGGAAUACAAGUUUAGUUUAUGACAUGUUGAGUUCUUGAUCAGCUGUGCUUUUUGUUUAGGUUAUAUAUUACAGUCUAGUAUUUACAUCAAUUUAUUUGCAGGGAAAAUCAGAAAGAGAUGAUGGAUCCGUGGUACACGAGAUUGUUAGAGGAUAGGUACGGAAAAUAAAAACAAGGGCAAUAGCCUACCAGUUUGUGUGUCCAUAUAUUUUGUUUAGCUGCUAAAACCAAACAAAGUAGAUAAGAAGAUAAGGGUGAGACGUGAGAUACAGUCAUACAGAGGCAUGAGAGAACCAAGUAUAGUUAGUUACUUAUGGCCUUGCUUGUGGUCACCAAAAAAAA